AACAAGCGUAUCUGUUGUAUACGUUGAAAACGCAACCAUAAACUAUUUUUCUGUAUGCACCCGUAAGGAUUUUUAUUUGAAAACGGGAACGUUUUGAGUGUUGACUUUUUUAGUUCAGGCGAAGUGCUCGUUGAAUAAGGUUCAUAAUAUCGAGUGCAUACGAUCUGUUUCAAGCCGACCAUCUUCCAAGUGAAAAACAUUUUCCUUUGCACCGGUGAAUCCAUACGGAACAACAAAAAAAACAACCAUUCCAUGGAAUUCAACUGAAUUAAUUCAUUUGGUUAAUGUGAAACAGUGUUCGAUUUUGAAACAAACAACAUUCAAAACAAUCGAAGUGAAAUUUUCAUUUUCAACGAAUACCCUUUAUUUACAUUUUGAACUGAACUCUCCCGGCGAGUGCGUUUAUUGAAAAACUCUAACGACGUAAAAUAAAAUGUGGAGUCGAUCAAAGAAAAAAGAGUAAACAGUAAAUGAUGUGAAAAAAAAUUCUUAAAUCAACAAAUUUUUUUAUAUAUUCAAUAGUUUCCAUUCUUAUUUUGUUUUGAAUAACAUAAACUGUAACAUAUAGCUAUGUGAAUUGUGAUUGUGUUGGCUUAAUUGUGUAUUAGACAAUCGAUGGACGAAGAGAGACAAUCGAAAUAGAGAUAGAGCAAAUCAAAUCACACAAGGAAGCACAAGAAACAACACACAUUAAUAAUAAAAAAAAGUAUACGGCAUCAACGGACCGAAAUCAUUUAAGCGAAGAAAAAAGAAGAAAAAAAUAAAAAAUAACAACAACGAUCUUUAUGAUAAUAUUUUCAAAGUUGUGUUACGACUCAAGUACAACCUCAAACAACUACACUCACGAUCCCAUCUGAAUAAUAUUUGUGUAUGCAUCAGCAAGACAAACAAAGAGCGAAGAGAGAAACUGAAAGAAUAAAAGAUUGAGUGCCGAGAGGAAAACAACGGACGGUGUAUCAUCUCUUGGUGUUAGUGGUUUCUUAUAAGUACAAAGAACGAAAAAAACACGUCAAUAUCAAUUCAUCCGACGUCAUUAUCACAUCAGAGUGUUUUCAGUGUUCGGUGUUAUUGUAUCGAACGAAACCAAGUAGAACGACAGAAUUCAUCAACGGCACAUCGAAUGUGAGAAGAUAGUUUUUGUAUAUCAUCAGCAUAAAAAAACGCAUACCAUCAACACACAUCGCCCGUAUAUAUAUACUCGAUCAUUUAUAACUCGAUUGGAGUUUCAUUGAGAUAAAGAAAAUAAAGACAUUGUUUGACAUCGGACGUUAUAUCUGAACUCCAUCAUUCAUCAAAAAUAUAUGCAUCUCGAUCGCAUAACAAAAUGAGUGUAUCGAUAUUCAAUACAUAUCGCUACGACAGCGAUUUUAAUGUGAAAUUCACCGAAACCAAAAUGCAAACCGCAGUACCACGGGCCAAGCUCGAUCAUGUUCGUCGUAACUUAUUCGGGCCGGUCGAUCGAAAAGAGUGCAGUCGAUUUGCCGAAGAAGAGCUGGCCAAACAUCAAAUGUCGGCUAGUCAAAAAUGGGGCUUUGAUUUUGUGCGCGGUUGUCCAAUGGAAGAUACAAAACUAUUUUUAUGGGAACGUGUACCACCGACAAACGAAAUACCCGAAAUGUAUGCAUUAAGCCGAGCCGCCCAUAUUCGUCCCAUCGAACCGGAUCGUACACCAUCGAAGAAACGGCAUCACAUGCGUCGCGAUUCAUUUCUUGAUUUGUAUGAUGAAUUGGCCGAUCAAUCGAAUCGUUAUGUGAACACAAGUAAAAGCAAUGUACUCGAUUUAUCGUUCGAAGACGUUGACGGUGGUCAUACAUCGGCAUCGUCAUGCGAUGAAGAUUCAUUCGAAGAAGAGGACAAUGUGUGCGACUUAAACUGGAUGCCAUCGACAUCGAAUAUCUCAACCAGCCCAUUGGAAACAAAUAAAACUACCGAAAUUUGUCAUGCAACCGAUAAUAUUACAUUGGUGCCCGUGUCCAAUCGUGUUGAUCGUUCAACAGUUGCAUCGCUUCCAAGUUGUGAUACUAGCUGUAGUGAUAAAACCACAAAUAGCAAUUGCAAUAAUGCGAGCAACUCGAGUGGUGCACGGAUUUUGCGGAACAGCCCACGGAUACGUGAGAAGCGACAACGCAAAAUGACAGAUUUUCUAAAAGAACGCAAGCGCUUGCAGCCAGCCCCGAAGAAAAUCUCACCGAAAAAGGCACGACUUUCACCAUCAUCAAACAAUGGCACGAUAUUAUCACACUUCAGACAAACAAUGCAUUAAAUCGUGGACAAGCGUUCUGUCAAAUACGAUGUGAAGACGACAGCAACUUGCUGGUCACGUCAAUUGAUUGAAAAAAAAAUUAAACUAACAAACAAACAAUAUCAACAAACAAACGAUUAUAUGCGUCAAAUUAUUAUAUAGAUCUAAGCACAUAUUUAAACAAUCACACAUACACACAAUUUAAAUUAAGUGUCGCAAUUUGAAUUGAAAUAGUCUUAUUAUCAUAUAAUCAUCCUUUUUUUUGCUUUUUUUCUUCUUCGAAAUAGAGUAGGAUAGACAACGUUUUGGCUUAUCAUUGUGUGUUGAACACUAUAUAUAUAUAAAAUUUUGAUUUUUGUGAAGAAAAAAACAUUUGAAUCGAGUAGAUACAGUUAGGCAGUAGUUUUGAUAACAAUUAGCCGCAUGCUCCUCGCGUUAAACACCCAAUCUUGUAAACUAACAUUCAAAUGGAUCUUUUUUUUUUGUUAAAACAACUGUUUUAAUUACAUAAAGAGAGAGAAAGAGAAGGGUGUGCGCGAACAUGGUUCGAAUUCUACUGGAAAUGUAGCUAUAUUUAAGGUCAUUAAAUGUACAUGCUCACAUCGGUCGUUUCAAAGCACAAUUGAUUUCGAUACCUCGAAUCUCAAUUGAUCUGAGAAAACUCCACAGUGUCAAUUUUUAUUAUUUUACCCACAUUAAUUAUAGCAUUUAUGCUUAAGUAUCAAACAAUCGAAUUAAUUUCUUUGUUGUCAAUUUUGGUUAACAUCACUUAAGUAUACAUCCUAUAGAGACAUUAUUGAUUUGGAACAUCGACGACUAUAUUUCUAUCGUACUUGGAUAAAAUAAUUCAGAAUGAAAUUUACUUGUCAAUGUUCCAAACACGAUUUUAACUCAUGGAAAUGUCAUUUCUUUUUAUUAACUCGCUACGGUUAUCGAGAAGAACAAAAAAAAAUCAUAUUUGAUGAGUUGAUUGGAAGAAAAAAAUUUAAACAUAAAAAAAUAUU